GCCCCGCAGGCCAAGUCGCUCGACAAGGUCGAGGAGGCGCACAAGGCGGCCACCAAGCAGCAGAAGGGGCUCGAGAAGCAGCUCGCCGACAUCUCGGACGCGCUCGCCCGCGCGACGGCGGAGCAGCAGGAGGCGGAGUCGCGCGGGGAGGUCGAGAUGAACAAGCGGCAGCGCGACGAGUACUCGCGUCUCAAGGGGGAGGCGGGCGCAAAGUCGGCGGCGCUGCACGAGCAGCUCUCUGCGAUGACGCGCGAGCUGCGCUCGGACGAGCUGCUGCUGAUGCAGGGCCGCACCAAGCUCGACGAGCUCGCGGCGCCGCACACCCCCUGA